AUGACAAUAAGCAGCCCGUGCAACCACGAAUAUCACCUAUGGACCCUCUUCAAACUGCAUUCAAAACCUCUUGGUGCUGUGACUAGUGGGGCUCAUCACGGACGUUACCUGACGGAGGAUGGUUUUCGGGCCAUUGUAGAUUCCCUCGUCGGUAUGGGUCUACUAGACGGGGGCCACGUGGCAGAAAGGGAGGGAACUGAGAGCAGGAGUGACAAGAGCGUGGGCGCCGUUGUUUUGUAUGGUGAGGUCGAAAUUGCAACUGUGCCUUCUACCUCACCUCGUGCAAAUGCGUCCACCGAGAGUGCUGGAGUUUCUGGUGAGGAUGCGUUAGAGAGGGUGGAUAUCAGUCUGAGCAUGGACUCGGCCCCUAUCUGUUCCUUACCGCACCCAAACGUUGUUAUCUCUGAGGUGGUUCCCCCGGUACGAUUACAAUCCGAAACCAAAUCUUUUGGUGACACCAUUGUGCCAGAUGCGGAGAGCCAUGCGACUGCGGAAUUACCGGCUUCGCCCUGGCAGGUGGACAAGGCGGAGCCUGAGGGGAGCGGGUGGAAGCAGGGGAUGGAACCUAGGGAGGACACCGUUCACAGAGGUGUUCACGGAAUGCGUAUGCCCUCUGACAAUGGCAACCGACAUCAGUUGCCAGAGAACAUGACAGAAAGGUCGAAGGAGCAAGUGCAGAACACCGAUGUUCGACGACGCUUGGUUGAUAGUUAUGUGUCUGGCGACUCCCGACAGUCGCAGAAGUGUGUGCAGUGGACUAGACGUGGCGGAGCCGUGUACCCCAAUAACCACCUACGAAGUGGAGUUGAGGGUGAAACGUCUUCCUUUAAUGGCACUGGCCUUGACGCUGUAAUAUCACUUGUGAAGUCUGACAAGACUUCGUGCUUCUCUGAUAUGGCAUUAGACUCGGCGGCGCUGGACCAGCUACUUCCAAGAAGCGUCGAAAACGAUGCGUUAGAUAAAGCCAAUGAUAACAUGUUUGUGAUGAUUGAGGAGGCGGCGGCACAACAAGAUUCUCUUCACGGUUUCUCACGUGUGAAGUUCUUUCCGGCUGAAAAUACCGCGAAUAGGCCUGACAUUAGAAAUCGCGGUCCACGUUUAUCGACGCCACCGCGUCGUCCUAGAAACCCGGCAGUGAUUCUUCCAUCUCCCCAUGUAUCGAUCACCGAUGAAAGGUAUAAGAGGCCAGGUGCGUCACCGAGGCCGUCGCAAUCAUCUUUCAGGUCACCGCGCCUUUCCCCUAAUAAUAGAGGUUCUUCUGUCCGUUUUCAUCCAUCUACAAGCUUCCAGACUCCAGUCGGUAGACACGGCGGGGAGGGAACUGGUGACGGACUGGCCGCUGCUGCGACCAAGACCGGUACCCGAGGCGCCGCUUUCGUGGGUCCACGAGCAUCAAUGGAUGAAGAAAGGACGGCGUUAUCAGAGGAUGUGAAUACUGACGAGAGAAGACAAGUUCAGCAGCUGAUGCCCAGACGAUCUAUCAAUACCAGUGGUAGCGGAAGUUGUGGGUACACCUCGAGAGGCAGCGAAGGAUUUCCACAACCUCCGGGGCGCCGCAUGGUUGGCGGAGUUACCUCGUUAGAGUCCGCGCAGCCCAGACACCUGCCACGGAACGCCGUGGGUUCAACACAAGACGGAAUGGGCAUGGGGUCGGCUGUGGCCUUACCGCAGUACCGGAGAAAAGCAUUACUCACAUCGGAUGCAACGUCGGCCGAUCACACCUUUGGGGAAUGGAGCUCCCUGAGCCCCCAAGGAGUCAUGCACCAUGGUGCGUGUGCCCCUUUCCGAGGUUCCAACACAAAUAGUUCACUCAGCGGUGGGCAAGGAAGCGGGACAAUGACGAGUGACCCACGAAGAUUUGUUGCGAGACCUGCUGUGGGACCCACGGCACCACUGCCACUUCUAUUGGGGCCCCGUGGCCGACGCCGCAGCGCAUCAGUUCCAUGUUGCCCUCACGGCACGGAGCCUUCGCCACGACCGCCAAGGUCGCUCUCGAAACGUGCCCGUCUUCGUGCCGAGCGGAAGUGGAGGCCGAUGGAGCCACCCGCUGUCCCCCACACAAGAGCCCGCAGUUGGGGUUUCCGUGCCGGAGGAAAUGUUACGGCACCGCUAAUCCCAACCUGGGAGUAG